UGUAGCUCCGCUGACAACAGUCUCUUUGGUAUGUCUAUCGUUGAAGAAAGGAUGUGGCAAUGGUCAUGAUCCCCUAGAGACCAUACAGCCAUGGGUGCGUAACAAUCUGCAUAUCCCCAAACUGCUGAAACAGAGUUAGGAGGACAGGGCAUGCAAAAUGUCCAAACACAAAAAAGAGGAAAAGGAAGAGGCCUUGAUGCAGGUUCUGAGAACGGCCUCCCGUUUAGUUGGGGAGAAAACUGAAGAAUAUUGUGAGAACAGCAUGGAGGGCAGAACAGCAGCUGUCAGCCCCCGCCCCACUACAGGGGACACGGCGGGGGCAGUUGGGGAGGGUAGGCGCCCCCCGCUCUCGAUAAACGGGAACAUGAGUUCAGGUGAGGGAAAAACUCCUGCAAAGAAGAUGUGGAACAAGCUCAACACAGAAAUGAAGAAAAACAUGGACAAGCUCAGACCCUCAGAAUUCAAACCCUCCGUCCUCAUCCAUGGCCUUACACACUUGCGUCAUUUCCCCUGUGACAAUCCAGUACAACAAAUGACCUACGGAGAGGGUGCUUCCGGGUUCCUUAGUCUCCACAGAGGCGGCACGGUCUGCAUGUACAGCCCUAACGGGGGCCUACGUGACCCCCCACCCUCCCCCAUCUCCAUCCCUUACAAGGGCCUGACCUCCACCCACGUGCCUGGGAACGUAGUGGGCUGGGGCCCCGGGGCUGUCCUCACCCUGCUGGACAGUGACCUGCAGCCUCUGAUGGAGGCUGUGGAGCCCCUGGAUGUGAGCGCGUGCCAGGUCACAGAGCAGAGCCUGGAGCUAGUGACGGCAGGGACGGGCAACGUGUGCGUGUGGGGCCUGACGCACAUGGUGUGCAGGGUGAGGGUGGUGGAGGGUCUGGGACGCCACGCUGCGUUCAGCCAGCUGGCGCUGGCGGCCCCAGGCCCCGACACACACCACCGGGCGUUCGUUGCGUACAGUAGAAGUGUGGUGGUGGUGGACCUCACCGCUGGAAGAGUCUUGGAACACAAGAGGAACCUGCAUAUGCGGGAUAUUACUGCCUUGGUGUACUGUUGUCUUCUGGACCUUGUGGUCAUCGCCUCCAAAGAUAUCUCCAUCAGAGUGUGGGAUGCCAACUGGGAGCUUCUCAUGGCCUUUGUAGGACACACUGAUGUGGUGACCUCCAUGAUCUGGUGCCCUCAGUCUGGCCUGCUGCUGUCUGCCUCUUUGGACAAGACCCUGCGCUGCUGGAGCUUAGAGGAAGGGGACCAGGUCCAGAGUGUCUCCAUCCAGGGACAUGACCCCCCUCUGGCCAUGGGGGGCCCCAGCAAGGGCGACACCUUCUACACAUUCUCCCAGAAGGGAGUGGACUUCUGGGCCAUGAGCACUCUCUACACCCCACACUGCCAGCUGGGGGGAGAAGCCAACGGGCCGGUCCGCCAGAUCAAGGUGUCAUCCUUCCCCCAGCCCUACCCUACCCGGGUCCUCUGCGUCAGCGGCGACCGGGACGUCACCCUGGUGGCGGGGCAGACGGGGGCGGUCCUCACCUCCUUUCGGGCGGCGCGUAGGGUGAGGUGGGCCGACUACUGCCUGCCCAAGGAGACCCUGCUGGUGCUGACCGAGGCGGGGACGGUGAUCUGCGCCAGCACGCUGACCAAUCCAGCCACGCAGCUGGAGGAGUGGGAGGGGAGGGGCCAGGGGCCGUGGCACAGGGAGGAGCAGGCGGAUGGGGAGGGGGGUCAGGGCCUGGCGGGGCCGGGUCCUGCCUCCUGCCUGGUGCUGUACCACUGUGUGGCCGACGACCAGCGAGUCCUGAGUGAGUGGAGGAGCCUGCAGGAGAAGAGAGGCCAGAAGCCUCACAACAAGAAGCAUCUCCUCGACCCUAAGAACAAGUUCCUAGUGAUGCAGGGCCACAGUGGUGGCUGUGUGAGCGUGCUAACGCUCCAGUCCGGCCAGCUGCAGUACAGGACGCCCGCACACAACGGCCAGAAGAUCACCUGCAUCCAGGCAGACCCAGAGAACAGCUCCGUCGUCACCACAGGAGAGGACAAGGCUGUGCUGGUGUGGAGGGUGUUUCCCUACGCCCAGGACUGCCUCUGUCUGCACCUGAACCUGUUCUGCAUUCAGUACCCCCUCCACCUGGCCCUGCUGGGGCCCCUACUGGCCCUGGCCUUUGAGCUGCCCGACUCUGCCACCUACAGCCUGGUGCAGUUCAACCUGCCCAACAAGAGCCGUCUGGACCACCCGCCCAGCGACGACCACAACGACUGUUUCACAGGGCUCUGUGUGUGCCCUCAGCUCCGGGUGUUCGCCUCCAGCAGUCGAGACGGCACCAUUCGAAUCUGGGAUGAAGAAAACCGGCUCAUUAGGGCCCUCCAGAUGAAUGUGGAAGCUGAGUGUCUGGCCUACUGUGAGGAGAGAAGAGACCUGCUCCUGGGCAUAAGAGGCCAUCUGUACCGGAUCCCCUGCACCAAGCUCCUGCCUAACGACUCCCAGCUUCGGCUCCUUUGCACUAAGUGCACAGAUCCUAUUCCUGAUGUACCCAUCUCUCGUACCCUGAGUAAGGCCAAUAAAAGCAAGACUGAGCAGCUUGACAUUCCAGAGAAGCGCAAGAAAGACCAGACCGGAGAUCCAGAGUAUGAGGCCCUUCUGGCUAGGAAGAACGACCUGGCCUCCCUCCAGCAGGGGGCUGUACAGAGCAGGAAGAAGAAAUAUCGUCCCACAAACCGCACCAGGAAAGAAGCCUUUGACCGCUACAUGAGCAUCAUCUACAGCCAGCCUGUCAAUAUCAAGAUCGGUAAUGAGGACAUGUUCGACCUGCAAGCCAUCCUGUUUCCUCCUAAGCCGCCUGUAUGCCCGCCUUUCACAUCUCCCAGCGUCAAAGAGGGCUUCUUCCCCGGCCCCCGCCUGGCCACACCCCUGGAUAAGGACGUCCCCAAGGAGCUGGGGGCAGAGCCGGCCCCUGCCCAGACCAACGCCACAGGGUUCAUCCCUAACUCGGUGCUGGCGGGGAAGCUGUGGCCACACGUGGUGGUGGAGGAUGUCAUUCCCUGGACAGCCUACAAAAUGAGGCAAGAUCUGGUCCACCAGAGUGAUGAAGAGGAGGAGUUUCUUGUGGAUGACUAUGACCUGGACUUGGACUCCCCCGUGCGGCUCGUAGAGACUCCUCCCGAAGAUGAAAUCCUCCCUCCCCCUCCCGUCAAAAAGGUGUCCUCCACACCGAUGGGGGGACAGGAAAACAACCUGGUGGGGCAUUGUCCGCCCCAGCUCCCCCCUAAACCCAGCCCUGCCCCACGGCCGGCUCCACGCAAAGUUCCAACACCCCCUCCACCUCUUCCCCCCACAACUCCAUCACAGCCAAUUCCUGAGUUCCUCCACCCAUUUUUAGAGGAGGACUGGUUCAAUGGCAUUUACCCAGACCACAAGUGUGUUCCGCCAUCUCUGUGUCCAGAUGUCUUCGCCAUGCAGAUGUUGGACCACAUGCAGAAUUGCAAGGGAGAGACCAAGAGGAGAGUUUUGAAGGCACUGGUCAUUCUGCAUAGACAGUGUGCAGUAAAAGACUUGGACAGACUCAUAAAGGGCCUGGUGGACUAUCUGCAUAAAAUCACUUUAGCCAAAAUGUCAGGUGACGAGCAGCAAGUGAUCAGUAAAAUCCUGAAUGUGUUGGUUUUUCUGGGUCCUGAGAGCUGUGACGUCAUUAAGGAAAUACUCGUUCUGUUAGCCAAUAAGGAACCGGGUGUCCAGAACACGGUGCAGUGUCUGCUGAAGGUCAUGGGGGUGGAGGAGGCCGACCGCUGGCUGAAGCCUGAGAUGGAGGGUUUGAACGCCAUGCUCCAGGUCAAACCCCACCCAGGUAAAGCCCUGCGUAAGAUGGUCACCGAUUGGCUGGAGACCUGGACCGCUAAAUGGAAGGAGAACAAGGCUCCGGAAACGGCGCUCCCCGUCAGACACGUUGACGUGCUCAACUUCUUCGGCUGGGUCGAGAAGGAGAAACGCAAGGUCCCUCCGCCUCCGCUGGGGAACAAGGACACCGUGCUCAUUCCACCAUACCGCAGCUCUCAGCCAAUCCUUCGCCUCGGGGAGACCCGCAGCAUGACCAGGUCUCGCAGGACAACAGACAUCGUCCUGCCGCCCCUCUCCCAGCGGCCCCUCCUGCUAGGCUUCCCUCCCUUCCUCACGCUGCCCUUACCAAGGAUCAGCCUGUUCCCCUUCCCCGUGGACGAGCACUGCCUGAAGGCCUCGCCCCGACGCUACUUCGUCCCAGAGCACUCUUUGGUGCAUUACUAUAGAUAAUAC